AUGUCUCUUAGCCAAUUAUAUGGGAAAUAAACAAUCAAUUAUGCAAAGCUCAGAUAAAUGAGAUUUCCAAAUGAUUCACAAUCAUUUGGAUUACGUUAAGAAUAUCAUGAUUUUACAUAGUUGCAUCGUCAGCCCGCUGAAACAAAGAAGCAUCAACGAGCGAAGUCAACUCUGUAGAAUAAUUAUAGAUAAGGGACUCCUAUAACAGAUUUAGAGGAAGUAGAGGGAGAGAAGUUGUUUGAUUAAUUUUUUAAGCUAAACAACUCCAAAAGCGAUAGCGACUUUAUGAGAGAUUCUGUGUAAAGAGAUUUAAAGCAGCCUGAAUCUGAAUUUUUAAGGUUUGUGGAGAACGCAAUAGAAUAUCAUAAACAAUCUGAGUUGCACUUCAGACCUGCUAUUAAAAAGAAUUAGCAUUUGGAGAAGAAAGCAAAGGAGCUUGUUAUAUCGAAUAGAUUGUUGGCAAGUGAAAUCAAUCGAUAUAAAUAGAAGGAGAUCGAGUUAAAAAAUAAGAUAAAAAUAUUGCAAAAAGAGUAUUAAUUAGAGUUGGGUCAAUUGAUAUAGAAGAAUGAAUGGUUGGAGGAGUUGUUGGUGAAACAAAAAAUAGACAAUGAGAAUUCUUUGUUGGCUGUUAAGAAAUCUUUAGAAAUGAUGCAAGGAAGAUGCAUGUGUCAAAAGGGGAUGGUUGAUAAGAUAAUGAAGGAAGUUAAGUAACAAUCUAGACAAUAAUAUGAUCUCCAGGUGACCCAUUCAUCAUCGGAAUUAAGCAGUAACACCGAGGAGGAUGAUUUCAAUUUUGAUUAUAUGAGGAGGAGAAAAUCUUUAUCAAAGACAUCAGAAGAACAUCAAUUCGUACUUGCGAGAAGCAAGAAUUCUAGGGAGUUUGCCAGAGAUCUCUUUAUAAGAAAGAAGCAUAUACAAGACCCGUAUUAUACAUGA